UAAUAAAAAUAGUUGAGCAAUUUUUUAGUUUCCUAAGAGAAAUGGCUCUGGAAAUGACCUAUAUUAUGGAUAAGAACUCAGUUCCCUGGCUGCUGUGGCGACCUCCGAAAAAAGAUGAGGCUAAAGGCGAAGACUCACCGGAUAACAAGCUCACCUUCGAUGGACCACAAGUGGUAGCCUUCCAUUUCCUCACCAAACACGGCCAAGAUCUUGUCAAUUCAAAUCCCACAUGGUUGAAGGUGCUCGAUCAGCUUGCUCAGGAGUACGCCGGAAGGAUUCGAUUCAGUCUGCAAGAAAUGUCCACCAUAGGGGAAUUCAACGAGAACCUAAAUGCCGAGGACUUUGGCAGCUAUCGGAAAGGAUUGCCACCGCGGAUCUACGGCAAGGACUCCCAGGGCCGUGUCUACGAAAUGCACAAGUUGGUCAGCCACAAGUACUUGAAGGAGUUCUGCGAGCAACUCCUGCAUGAUCAGCUCUUCCGGGCAGUGAUCUUGGGCCCUUCUACCAAACAGGACUCAUCGUCAAGGAACUACUUUGAGCUUUGUGAACAGAGGAGUGGUGACAUGCUGGUUAUGCUGUACGAUCCCGCCAGCUACUACUGGACCUUUCAGGAACGAAAGCUACGAAAACUGGUCCGCCUGCUGGCCGGCGAGGAUCUGCCCAUUGUGGUUGUGGACAAGGCAAACAAUUACCUCGGCGUGGGCUUCAAUGCCAAUUGGCAACAGCUCAUCUACUGCCACAGUUCCACCAUUUUCUCGUCACCAAGUCGAGAUGGCUGGGACAUCAGACUGAAUAUUUUGAUGGAGACUACCCGGCAAUACCUGCGCCACAUAGCUGGUAACAGAAAACCAGAGUUAAAGAACUAUGAUGCCAAGGGCGAGCUAAGGGGACCAGUGGAGGCUUUGGACUUCAUUCAGUAUUUGUAUUAGACUAAGUUGAUAAUUGUUGAGACUUAUUUAUAAUAUGUUUAAUGACUUUGAUGGGUGAACUGUCCCCAAUGUCAAACCAUGUUUGUCCGAAAAAUAUCAAAAUCGAAUUACGCACAGCUAGGUUUAAA